AUGAUAUCUUUAAAAUCGUUAAAUCUAAAUUUCGUGAUAGUACUAAUAUUACUAUCAAUCAUUGAUAAUGCUUGGGUUUCAGCUGUAUCAUUAGAAACUAAGCUUGGCCCUAUCAAGGGCAUAAAAACAGAAGUCCUUGGUAAGCCGCAUUAUCGAUUUUUAGGUGUACCUUAUGCCUUACCACCUGUUGGCGAUUUACGCUUUCAACCACCGAAGCCGAUAGUAGCAUGGAAAAAGGAAAUGGUUUUAGCACGAUUUAAACCUUCUUGUCCUCAGAUUUUCAAUCACUACCCAUUUAGUCAUCGUGUUGAUCCAAGAAGUGAUGAAGCACAACAAAGUGAAGACUGCUUAUAUUUAAAUAUUUACACGCCGAACAUUCAAACCGAUCGAAAAUUACCAGUCUUUCUAUUUGUUCACGAGGGAGCCCUCGAAUUUAGUAGCGGAGCUAAUUGGCAAGGUCAGGUUCUUUCUCAGCAUCAGAAUAUAGUUGUGAUAACUUUCAAUUUUCGAUUAGGAGCGUUUGGAUUUUUAACAGGUUUCGAUGACAAAAAUCGUGAGAUCGUUAUUGAGCCUAACUUAGGUUUCCUAGACCAAAUGGUCGCCUUGAAGUGGGUAUAUAAUAAUAUCGACGAUUAUGGUGGUGAUCCCAAUCAAAUAACAUUAGGCGGUAACUCUGCUGGUGCUAUGGCUGUUGGCUAUCAUAUCUUGAUGAGAAAAUAUAACCCAGAUUAUAAACGCUAUUUCUCUAGAGCAAUCUUAAUGAGUGGCACUGCACUUACCACUGGCGGUGCUCAUUUAGACCUAAAUCGUUCUACACAAAUAUUAAAUACGAUGCUGACUGAAUUAAAUUGUCCUAAUAGCACCAAAUCAGUCAUAUUAGAAUGUUUAAUGUCGAAAUCUACUGACCGUAUCAUGGCAGCCCAAAGCACACUUUUACUGAAGCAUUUUAUGCCUUUCAAUUUAGUAAAUCAUAAAAAUAUGUUCGAAAAUGAUACUAAGAUGGAAAUGGAAGCAGGAGAAUUCCAUUUGGAUGAGGUCAUGAUCGGUACGGUUUCCGAUGAAGGUCUAUACUAUUUGCAAGAAAUUAAUAAGUUUAUUAGUGAUGGCGGUAUCGAUGAGAAAGUUUACCAGAAAUCCAUUGAUAUCAUCUUUAGUCAAUAUGCAGAUCCAAUAAGAGAGGCAAUUAAGUUCCAGUAUAAAGAUCAUUACCAUCCUUAUAAUCGUACUCAAUAUCGGGAAAGCUUGUUUGCUUGUCUAUCUGAUGCUUAUGCUAUUGCCCCGGCUGCAUAUGCUGCUAAUCAAUUUUCGAAGUUUGGAGUAACUACGUAUCAAUACCACUUUGAUUUUCGUACCAAAGAGUCAGAUUAUUUUAAACCUGAGCAAGGUGUUGCUAAAACUAUGGAAUUAACGUAUUUAUUUGGUUACCCAUUCGAGCAGCCAUUUCACAUUCGAGAUAAAUAUUCUUUCAAAGAUAAAAUUGUCAGUAAAUUAAAGAUGAAUUUAUGGGGUAAUUUUAUUAAAGCGGGAAAACCGGCUUUUCCCUCGCUUGAAAAUGAAUGGCUACCGUACGAUAACAAGACACAAUUCUAUUACUAUAUUGGUGAAAACGUAGAAUUGCGACAACGAAGGCGAGCGAAUAACGUUGCAUUCUGGAAUAGUAUGAUACCAAUACUAACGGAAGCACUCCAAGAACCAACAGUCUUCGAGGAAGAAUUUAUUGAAGAGUUUUAUGAAUACCCGCCAACUAGUAAAGAUUCCAAAGAAACGAAAGUAAUACUACCAAAGCCGAAAAAAAUUAAAGAAACCACACGAGUAGAUACGCCUAGGCCAUCAGAUGAGUUAUAG